CAAAAGAUAUCUAUUUCCCCCACCCCCCUCUUGAAGAGAGAGGAGAGGAAGCGUCCAAAGAAAAAGAGGGAGUUUUUGGGGAGUUUUUGGUCUAAGAAAGAGUGGUUACCAAAUCCAAAAGGAGUUGAAGAACCAAGAUUUUGAAUAAACUCUGACUCUGAACAAAAUUCAAAAGCGAGUUUGGACCCUCUAUAAUAUAUGGUAGAAGCUUAAUUUCUUCUCUUCUUCCACCAACUUGGAUAGCUGAUACUAGUACUUUUCUUGUGAUAAAAAGAGUCCAAGCGGUUGAACAAAAUCACGGGUCCAACUUUUAGAAAUACAUAACCAAAAGAGUAAAACUGUCACAUACUAGUGUUUUUUUGAUUGUGCACUACCAUUUUCUUGCUAUUUUCCCAUCUGGGAAUUCAAUGGCUGUUCCUUAGCUCUGGGAGUUAAAAAUUGAAUCUUGAAAGUUCUGUAAACAAUUUGUAAAGUGUGGAAAAUGAAGUGUUUCUUUUACUUUAAGGAUAGAAAUAGAAAUAGGGAAAGAAAAUCAGCACCAGUUGUACUUCAAGAUCUGAGCAAAUCAGAUAUAUCAGGUGGUGGUGCAGAAAGGGUGACUAAGUCUUCAUGUUCAACUUCUUCUCCUCGUAGCUUCUCUGAUUUGUAUGAAGGGAAAGCUCAGAACUUGAGGGUUUUUACAUUCUCUGAGCUUAAACAAGCAACUAAUAAUUUUAAUAGGUUACUUAAGAUUGGAGAAGGAGGUUUUGGAUGUGUAUAUAAGGGUACUAUUAAGCCUGCUGAUGGAAAGGGUGAAUCAACUGUUGUUGCCAUUAAGAAGCUUAAUAGAGAUGGUUAUCAGGGUCAUAAACAAUGGGUAGCAGAAGUGCAGUUUCUGGGAGUGGUAGAUCACCCAAAUCUCGUCAAACUAUUUGGAUAUUGUGCCGUUGAUGGGGAAAGAGGUAUUCAGAGGCUACUUGUGUAUGAAUUCAUGUCAAACAGAAGCCUAGAAGAUCAUCUCUUCAAUACCGCCUUUCCUGUUCUUUCUUGGAAAAGAAGACUUCAAAUAGCUCUUGGAGCAGCUGAGGGACUGACUUAUUUGCAUGAAGAAUUGGAAGUUCAGGUGAUAUAUCGUGAUUUCAAGUCAUCAAAUGUACUUUUGGAUGAUGACUUCAUGCCAAAGCUUUCAGACUUCGGGCUUGCCAGAGAGGGCCCAACUGGCAUGCACACACACGUCUCUACAGCGGUUGUCGGAACAUGGGGAUAUGCAGCACCUGAUUACAUAGAAACAGGACAUCUCACAGCUAAAAGUGAUGUGUGGAGUUUUGGUGUUGUAUUGUAUGAGAUCCUAACUGGUCGACGGUCCCUAGAAAGGAACAGACCGAAAUCAGAACAUAAACUUCUGGAGUGGGUCAAACGUUACCCUGCUGAUAGCCGGAAAUUUGGUAUGAUCAUGGAUCCAAGGCUGGAAAAUCAGUAUUCGCUCAAUGCAGCUCGAAAGAUUGCAAAGUUAGCUGACAUUUGUUUGUUAAAAUCUGCAAAAGAUCGACCGAAGAUGAGUCAGGUAGUAGAAACUCUGAAGCAGAACAUUCAGAUUUCUGGUGAAAAUAGCUCCACAGACACGAGUUUCCAGAGUGUCGAAGAUGAACCUGUUGUAGAGGAAAAACCAAAGCAGACAGGAGCCUCAGAAUCAGCGAAAAGGCGAAUGGCUCACUUGGCUAAACUUAGUGAACAUGUUGGUGGAAUAAGCAGAAGAAGAUUUAUGAUCAUGCAGAAGGCUAAAGUUAUAUAAAACAGUUUUUUUUCCCUCCUGCAUAUCAGAUAUCAAGUUGUUAAGAAUUCUGGUUUAUUGAACGAGAGAACAUAGCAACCAGUUUAACGAGUAACUAAAGCACUUUUCAAUUCAUUAGUGGCUAUGACUAGAGGCACCAAUCAGUAGCCUGGAGUUUUUUGCAUGCCAUCAGCUUAUGCAUUUGCAUUGUAGGCCACUAUUCUGACUUCUAAGGAAAAAAAAAUUGUAGGCACUAUUCUCUUGUGCAUUUUUUGUCAGCUAUUGUGUAAUUUAUUUAUUUAACUAUGUUAUCAAGUAAUUUUAUCCGUCAAGGCUGGCUUAA